CGAGACUUCAUUAAUUUACAUCUAGAUCUAUAUUCCUGAGUGCUGCAUUAAUUGAUACUGCAAUUUAUUUUACUUUCAAACAUUGCUGAGAUUAUAUGUGCAUAAGAUACAUUUUUUCAUCACAAUACAGAAAUUUGACCUUCAAAUAUUGACCUCGACCUGUCAGUGUCAACAUGGCUUCAGCUUACAAACAAGUACCCGGGAGAUUGGAGACAAAUCGCGAUCAGAAUGGAGUUAUUCAGCCUCUGCUUACUGAUCUGUACCAAAUUACAAUGGCAUAUGCUUACUGGAAGUGUGGCAAGAAAGAUGACAUAGCUGUUUUUGAUUUAUUCUUCCGGAAGAAUCCAUUUCAUGGAGAAUUUACAAUAUUUGCUGGACUUGAUGAAUGCUUGAAAUUUCUGAAGACAUUUAGAUAUUCUCAAACAGAUAUUGAAUACCUCAAAGGUGUUUUAUCCCCCACCACCGAACCAGAAUUCUUUGACUAUCUGCUGGACAUCUCACCUAAAGACAUCAUCCUCUACUCUAUAGAAGAAGGGACAGUGGUGUUCCCUAAGGUUCCUUUAAUACGGAUAGAAGGCCCCUUACCUAUGGCACAGUUAUUAGAAACUACACUACUUACACUGGUGAAUUACUCAAGUCUUGUAGCCACAAAUGCUGCCAGGUUUAGAAUGGCGGCAGGACCAGAGAAGUCUCUCCUGGAGUUUGGUUUACGCCGUGCCCAAGGGCCUGAUGGGGGUCUCUCUGCCUCUAGGUAUUGUUACAUAGGAGGUUUUGAUGGUACGAGUAAUGUCCUCGCAGGUAAACUGUUCAAUAUUCCAGUGAAAGGUACACACGCACAUGCCUACGUCACAGCCUUUCAGUCUUUGGAAGAGCUGAAAGAAAGGCACUUGCGUAGAAAAGGAACUGAGGAGUCAGUAGACUUUAUAGAAAUUGUAAAGUCUUGGUUGCAUAAACUGACUAAUGCCCUAGGUGAUUUUAAAAUUGGAAGUCAGAUGGGUAUUUUACAACAGGAGACCAGUGAAGGAGAACUGGCUGCCUUUGCUUCCUAUGCCUUGUCCUUUCCUGAUGGGUUCCUGGCCCUUGUGGAUACAUAUGAUGUACUUAAGAGUGGGAUUCCCAACUUUAGUGCAGUUGCACUAGCUCUCAAUGAAUUAGGCUACAGAUCGGUAGGUGUAAGGCUAGACAGUGGAGAUUUAGCGUACCUUUCUAUGGAGGUGCGCCGUACAUUCAAACAGAUAGCAUCUACAUUUGAUGUGCCAUGGUUUACUGACCAAACUAUUGUAGCCAGUAAUGACAUUAAUGAAGACACUAUACACUCACUCAAUUCACAAGGACAUUCCAUCAAUGCAUUUGGUAUUGGAACCCAUCUAGUCACAUGUCAACGUCAACCCGCAUUAGGUUGUGUAUAUAAGUUAGUAGAAGUUAACAAAAAGCCUAGGAUCAAACUCAGUGAAGAUGUAGAGAAGGUUACUAUACCUGGCGGUAAAGCCCUAUACAGACUUUAUGGGAGUGAUGGUCAUGCAUUAGUGGACCUAAUUCAGAGGUUAGAGGAGGCGCCACCCACCGUUGGUCGACGUGUCUUAUGUAGGCACCCCUUCCAGGAGGCCAAGAGAGCAUAUGUGUCCCCAGCCAAAGUAGAGUCCUUGUAUAAGAUCUAUUGGAGAGAUGGAGAGAUAUGUCAGCCUUUGCCAACACUGGAGGGAGUGAAGCAGAAAGCCCAGCAAUCUCUGGCUAAUAUACGACAGGACCACAGGAGGGCCCUCAAUCCCACACCCUACAAGGUGUCUGUUAGUGACCAAUUGUACAACUUCAUGCAUGAGCUGUGGCUGUCUAAUGCACCUAUAGGGGAGCUAUCCUAGAGAUCUAGUCCAAUAUACAUGUAAACAUGCCAUAAGUAAGCUGGAGAUAUACCCUCUAGAAUAACAUGUUUAUUCUUAGGGAGAUAUCAUAUAUGCCAUAGUGUAGGCUUCAGCAAAAAAUCUGACAUUAUUGCGCAUUUAUAACUUGCCGAGUGAAUAUGUAAAAAGAUUAAUUUAUUUUAUCAUGCUGUGUAUAGAAUCCAGAAUAGAGACAUUCGGUUCACAUCCUUGUGACCUGAAAUAGAGAUAUAUGUGACUUAAGUUUGAGAGACAUAGGCACAGUGUACAUGUUUGUAAAGUGUUAAUGAUCAUGGAAUCAAGACUCAUAGAGCACAAUCAAUUUUGUGACCGAUAACUCAGAUGAUUGCAAUCAUGCUAAGAACAGAAAAAUCCCAAAUGGUAGAAUGAAGAGUAUACAUCAUGGCAGAUAUUUAUUGCUUCAUUAUAACUGAAUGGUUGAAUUUACAUAGAUUGUUAUUUAAAAGUGUUUUGCAGUUACCUUUUGGACUGAGCAGAUAUUAACAUUGUCACUGAGA